UCCUCCCAAAUAAUAUAAAAGUCUUAAUCCCUUUCUAGUCAUAGUUUAGCAGGAUAGCCUUAGCCACUCCUUGUCUCACUUAUUUUUCAUCAUUAUCACUAUCCAUCAACCUCAAAAUUUUCAACCCCACCCCAUUACCACGCCCUGCUGGUCUUAUUUUUCUGCUAAGCAUUAAACAGAAAAAUACUGUGUGAAUAUAGUGAAUCUGAAAAUUGAUGGCCAGGAAAAAGAUGUAUUUUUUCCUUGCUUAUCAGUGGUUUUCUCAAGGAAAUGAUUCUGUUCAAUUGGGAGCGUGUUAUUUUUUGGGUUAUCUGUAGAGGGAAAGAAACUUUUUGGUGCUUAGUUUAUGGAUAAAGUUGAAUACAUUAGCUAAAAGAGAGUUUGGUUCUCCCUGGCUGCCCACAGGAAACUGCAAGAGACAGCCCACUUGUUCUUGAAAUGAUAGAGAACCUGAAUAUUUUGGAAUAGAAAAAUGAAAAAUCAGAAGUUAUUAGUUUUUUAGAGUCUGGCAGUUUUUUUUCAUAAAGAAAAAAUUGUAUGAUGAAGAAGACUAAGGAGGUAUCAGUAGCAAUAGCAGAAUCGUCAAUAAGCGAAGAGCCCCAGCAACAGAAGAGAAAGAGAGGGAGGCCUAGGAAAAUUGUCGAGAAAAUCGAGGAAAUUAAAACAGCAGCAGCAGAAUAUGAAGAUGUUUUAGAGGGUGAAUCCAAUAAAGCAGAAACUAUUGAAAGAGAAGAAGAGAAAAAAGAAGAGUUGCAGAUUGAAGAAACACAAGUGUCAAAGCAACAGCCUCCAAGCAGCAGCAGCAGCAGCAGAGCUAGGAGAAAAAGCAAGCCCAGAAAGAGCAGCUGAAGAAAUUGAAUUGGUACUUUCUUGCUCUUUUUAUGGGUAGAAGCUAGAAAGAAAAAUGACGCAAGAAAUCUGGAGUCAAAAAAUAGAAUAGGUGAUGAACAAAUGAAUGCCCUAUUCUGCUCAUCUUGUAACUUAAUUGUUCUAUGCUCAGAUGUUGAAGAGGUACUAUUCUUUUGAUGGGUUUAGCAUUUUUAAUAGUCGAAUCUGUGCAUUUCUCUAA